GGGGAACCGCGUGGCCAGCGUGGCGCUAGCAUCGGCCAUAUUUUCUCCUCCACUCGCACAUUGCGCCGCUCCUCCUAUGUCGCGUUGACGGCGUUGUACAGAACGCGAGGAGUUUUACAUAACGUUGUUUUUUGCACCAUCGACACCUCAUCAACCAGUACUGUUCGGCUCGUCGGCCAGGAAUAAUGAGCGAUGAAGAGCGCGACGUCGACAUCGAAAGUGACGCGGACAAGAGGGCGCACCACAACGCGCUGGAACGAAGACGAAGGGACCACAUCAAGUUCAGUUUCACCAGCCUACGGGACGCUGUGCCCUCUCUACAAGGGGAGAAGGCAUCACGGGCUCAGAUCUUAAAGAAGGCAGCCGAUUACAUCCAGUCGAUGCGGCGCAAGAACACGGCGCACCUGCAGGACAUCGAGGACCUCAAGCGACAGAACAAGCUCCUCGAGGAACAAAUGUGUGAACGUCGCCAUCUGUCCUGCCUUGCAGUCCGGGCGCUGGAGAAGACCAAGGUGGCCAGCGGGGGCGGCUACUCGACCGGCUCCAUGCUCGACGCGAUGAACAUCAAGGGGGACUCCAUCUCCGCAUUCGACGGGGGCUCCGGCUCCGAGAGCUCCGACGACACGGACAACUCCUCCCGGGGUUCGCGGAAGAAGCUGAAGUCCAGCCCGGGCUCGACGCCCCUGCACCUUUGAAGCGGCGGGCGGUGUCUCGUUCUGCCGGUCGCUUCGCUCACGGAGCAAGCGACGAAGCUCUCCGAAGAAGGCCUGCCCCGGAUGCAACUGCGUUGAUGUUUUGAGCCAGAUGCCCUCUCCCUCUGGCCCCUACAUGCCUUUAUUAUUUUACUCCUUCUUUUCGGUCUCUGUUCCCUCUAGCAGGGCUGAAAAUGCAAGCGGAUGCAUUGGGGGCUUUUGUAGGGGAGGCGAGGACGUUUUUAAAUGUUAUUUAUAUGCGCGCGAUUUUUUCUCUUUCCCACCCUCUUCGAUGUGCCCAUGUUGUGUGGCUUCUUUCAUACUUGUACCUGUAAGCGGGCACAAACGAUUACGUACGAACGGGCGGCAUGUUCUUCGCCAGAUGCUGCCUGCCCUCUCGGCCAUGGCUGUUUUUGAGGAAGCGCUUGGCUAUUGUUGGCUCGCGGCUAUUGUAGCGGAUAUAGGGUCAGUUCUCUCCCAAACGCGCGAGGUGCGUGCGGGGAUUUACCUUCUCCGUGAUCUCUCUCCUCGGUCUUGGUUAUGUAACGGAAAGCUUUCGUUGACGACGGCAUUUGUAGCGUGUGGUGUGGCGGUUGUGAUGGUUUUGCUUGCGGUCUCGCUUGGCAUGUUGUAAUGGUGGAAGGGAAGUGACGGACAGGGUGGCAUUGGCGAUGCUAUCUCGUCGUUUGAUUGCUGCGUGUUUCUUGGGCAGCAUGCCCUUCUUCCAGAGAAGGUGGUCUGCCGGUUUGUAUCGGACGAAUUCGCAAGUAUCGUUUGAAAGUGGAAUGUUCUGUGAAUGAGUCAGGCUUGGCACUUAAGAGGAAUGUGAAUUAUAGACGACGUUCCGGUUUUUCUGCAUUAAUUGAAUAGCACGGCUUGGAGCCGUGGCAGAAAGUACGUUGUCAUAGAUUAAAAACCAGCUUGUUUCCGGAAUGCGAAGUCUCUGUUUCUCUAUCAUACGCUGCUGAUGGCAAGGCACGUUACGGCUAUACAUGCUAACUGAAAUACAAAAAAACUCGUAAUCACCAAGGCUACGAGUCUUUUCAUGCGUUCCUGUGUGUUCUUGAAUCCUUCCUUGUUGGUUAUGUGUCUUUUUGUAUUUCAAUUUCGGCUCACUUGCUCAUUUUGCAGCAUGACAUUCAAGAAAGCCGAACGACAAGCAGUAGCCUGCUACGACGGUCGGCAGAACACAAGUUUCGGAAAGGCGUGGAUAGAAAAGCAACGCGUGUUAACCGAAAGGAUGUUACGGUGUAAAGCCACGGAUGGAAAUGUUAAGCUGAGGUGCUUAAGGAGUUAAAAUGAAAUGUGUGAAGCACCCAGGGCCUGCUAAAGUUCAUAUGCUGAUCCAUCAAUUUAGAGUGUCCUUUUGUUUUUUACCGUUAAUUGUGCGCGUGGUCGUGCAUGUUUCUUUUUUGUAUUUUAUGUGAACAGAGGAAAUCUUGUUCCCAAAUCGAUUGAUUGUUUAAUUCGUACAACUCAAAGCCCACAUGAUGUCGUAGGUAUAUUCCGUACAUCGUUGCUGUACCUCUGCUUUCUGGAUUAUACAAAAUUGUAAGCCUUGCUUUAGCAAGAACUUGUCUCCAGUCCUUUGUUUUUUGUUUGUUUCGCCUUGUUUAUUUUUGUGACAACGCAGAUGCACAGUAUUUUUCUUUUUCUAACGUACAUAUGAACGAAAAGCUUUUCUCAUUGCUCGAUUUGGAUAGUAGGCUUUCUCCAUCUUGAGUAAAUGAAUUGCUUUUCGUUUCUUAGUUUUUUAAUUCUUAAUUGGUUGCCAAACCCUUUCUAUCUUUUGAACCAUGCCGCAGUUUAUGAAAAGUACGCGUCGAUUUGUAGCUUCCGUGCUAUCCUUGAAAGCCAUCUCCUACUGGGGAGAACUGAGAUAAAAGCCACACACAGGAGUUGCAUUUCCCAUAGUGGCCGCUGGCUUUUGCGUUAAGUGCAGAUUUAUGAAAGUGGAUAAGCGCGAGCCCGUGUAAGAGUUGGAGACCUCUUCUUCACAGUUCCGCACGCAAGCUAUCAUCUCAACAUCGGGUAAUGCUGCCACUUUCAAACAGUGCGUAGCCGCGUUCCGUUGUCAGAGUGCAACAAUUUUGAAUGCAAAGCCUGUGCGAGGAUCCAUAGUGUAAGUCUAGCGUUGUUGCGAUUCGGCUAACAAGAAGCCUUCGAGAUCCUCCGCACAGCCCGCAUGUCGGAUACCCGGUCUCCGAAGACUUCCUUAUGUUUUAAUAAUCCACUCGUUACCAUCUGCAGCAAAGCCAGAACCAUGUUCCCUGUCUUGUGUAAGGAGUGGUGCAACUGCGUUUGUUAUUUUAUUUAUUAUUUUUCGUGCGCAAUUCAUUUGGGAUCGUGGCCAACCUUUGCCCGCCUGUACGUUGUCACUGCCUUCCUGCAAGCACAAGCGAUUGGGGCAGGACUGGCGUUGGCCGUACGUCGUGAAUCAUUGAAGCUAUUUAACUCUUUUUAUUUUUUGAAACGUUGUAGAUCAUGCAAUGCACCAAGUGUACCUAAAUAUGCCGUGUCCAUUUCCUUGAGCCAAUAAACCAUGGUCUGUACAUAA